AAAAGGCGAAUGGGCACGAUGGCACAAAGGGCAGGCCGAAAAGGCGGGGCGUGGGUGGGGGCGAUGCGUUGGGCUUCACGGGUUUGUGACUGUUUGGGCGGAAGAUAAUAUAAGUGGGCCGGCGGAGUGACUCGCAGGUAGCUGACCCCCCGGCGCUUGACUCACACCCUCUGCACUCCUCGUUUUUUCUUCCCCGCCCUCUUGACUGCCUCUGACUCCAGACAGGAUAUAUAACCAGCCCUCGGCGUCGCUGAACGGGCGAUAAUUUCUGGUCGGGCGACACAGCAUCUGCUGGUCUUCCGCCUCUGCCUCAAAAGGUCACAAUGUACUCGUAUCGCUUCCCCCGCGAACCCCCUGCCGUGUUUACUCCCGUUGCUCUUACCGUCCUCUCCGUUCGCUCGCUCUCUGGCCCCUCUUUUGACAACAUUAACUCUACCCCCAUCCAAAUCAAUGCUAGCCUCAACUGAUUAAUUUAUUUACACGUCGAUUUUCUCUUGGUCUUUCUCCAACACAAUCCCGACCCGCACUCAUAAUGCACGCAAUCCCUCAUGCGCUUCCUCACCGGGGCACCGGCGCGUCCCGCGCCCGCCCCCGCUGGCAGCCGUACUCAUCUCUCCCGUCCACCUCCUCGCGGUCGCCCUCGAGCUCUUAUCUUAAUACCCCCCAAACAUCUGUACCAACACCAAUCUCUCUCGAAACUCGCCCCAUCCACGACCCCACCCGUUCUGCUCUUAAACAAUCCGCAACUCUCGCACACCCCCUCAAGGAAGGUUUCGUUCGCGAGGCCCACAAAGUCAGAUAUGUAAACGGUCUAGUCGACCACGCCGUGAAGUCUCUCAGCGAAAUAUGGAACCCAAACGACAUCCCUGCUGUCUUCUCCACCUCUUCUCGACAAGCCGUUAUCACAUCACUCGCGAACAAUCCCGUCCAUCUCGCCACACCCACACCACCUCAUCUCCACAAUGCACAGAACAUACAACACGCCUUCACCUCCCGAUACACCCAACUCCCCUCGCCAACCACACCGACACACCCAACGCCCGUCGCAUUCCCCGUCUCAAUACCUUCCGUACGGCCCGCCCCCUUAGAACGUACCACCACCGCCAUCUUCGACGACCCCGCUCGAAACAACGCCGCGCCCCUGAAGUCUUUCGUCCACGAGGUUCUGCGUCGAUCGCGGACCUCGUCGGGCGUCCUUCAGACCGCUCUUUGUUAUCUAGAAGCCAUCCGUCAUAAGGUGCCGGACUACGUUCGCCAGGAGAGGCAGGGCCACGGAACACGAGGCGAGGCCGACCAGAGCGAACGAGUCAUCUCGAUCGAGAAACUCGAUCAGUCCUCGGUCGGCGGUGAGGUCCCGCUCGACCUUAUGGAUCCUUCCUGCUUCGUCAACCCGGAUUACAUCGACUCCAGUGCCGCAACCAUUCGCAUACCGGACUUCGUAGCCAUCCCGUUCGCAACGCCGAGCGAACCGUCGACGCAGUGCCCGGUUUCCAUCUAUCCUCCCAAGAAGCCCAAGUCCGAAAACCUGACACCCCUUCCCCCCCUCCCCUCGCCGCUUCUCUGCCCUCGCCGCGCUUUCCUUGCCGCAUUAAUCCUCGCUUCGAAGUUUAUGCAGGACAAGUGUUAUUCGAACCGUGCUUGGGCUAAGCUUGCGGGGCUGCCGCCCCGCGAGAUUGGCAGAUGCGAGCGGGCCCUUGGUGAAGCCCUGGAAUGGCGCCUCUGGGUUGGUAAGCUCCCUGCGAGCAAGGCUCGCUCCCCGGUCUCUCGCUCUGCUAGCGAAAGCGGCCUGGUUGCGAGCUCCAGUGGGUCUUUCAUGUCUGCGCCUGAGAACUUCUCUAUGCCAGGACCGUCGACCCUUCGCCGCACGAGCACUGUCCCAGCAAAUGUCUUUGCGCCAUUGGUCCCUCAGCAGCCUUUUGGCUUCUCUGGGCCUGCUCUGAUGUCAGGUUUUCCACCAAUGGCCUCGACGUCUUCCACGUCUUGCGUGGGCGACUCCGCUCGGCUUCCCGCGCGUGGCAUGUCGAUCCUGUCAGACGGAACGCCUCCCGCCACGCCACAACUCUACGCCUCGCCCUCGUCGACCGACAGCGAAUCCUCCCUAGAAACCCUCCCUUCCGAGGACGAAAGGACCAUCCAGAUUGCCGGCGCCGUGGAUUCGCCAUCGUCGCCACCCAUGCCGUUCGGGGUUCAAAUGGACUGCGAUAUGGCGGCGCCGCCGAUCGUGUCCGAUCCGACGCCGAAGGCCACUACAUUCGUCAUACCGAACAUGGGCAACGUGCCUACUACUUCGGGCUCGAACGUGAACGCUCCUGGGAUGGCAUUCGACGCGGGAUGGGAGUGGAGCGGUCGGUGGUAGCGCUAUCAUCUUUCGCUGCCGGUUGAAUGGUACGGGACAGGUGUUUUCGUGAUUUCCUUUCCCUCACUGUUGGUGUUUCGUUCCCAUACAUGACUGGAUACGGUUCGUGCAGCGACUGGACAAAUUCCUUCUUCGUGUCCUUUUCUCUCAUCUCUCUGUCCUGUGUUUCUUAUAUCUCUCUCAUGCAUCCUUAUUUUAUCAUGCCUCUUCUUUUUUCUUUUCUUUCGUUUCUUGCGAAUCUUCAUCCGAGGUGUCGUGCACUCACUCGCGCACUGCCGUCUCGUGUACUAAACACCAGGUUUGAAUUUCUUGCGUUUCAUCCUCUGUACAUAUUAGACCUCGUCGAACUUCCUUUUCCUUUUCUUUCUUUUUACUUCUUCUUACCUUUUGCUCAUAUCUCUCUCUUACUCUCAAAACCCAAGAUAUAUCUUUCCCCGUGGGUAGUUCAGUCCCCCCUUCGUUCCAAACUUCCGAUCUCGGUCAAUAUGCCUUGCCAGUCGUCAUCCGUGCUGUUUAUUGUUGUGCCGUCGACGAAAAUGCCGGUCGCUGUACGCGAGAGUGGAGAGGUCCUUGGGGUUUUUUUGUCUACUCUAGCAGUAGUUCGUUACUGCGAUCAGUUCCAUUCCUCUUUUUCCCUGUCUACGUUUCUGUGCGUCCGCCCGCUGUUCGUCCGUCGACAUUUGGGAUCGCCAGCCAGACAGUCCAACGUAUCUUCGGCGCGCAGGCUAUGUGAGCUUGAGCUUGAGUUGCGGUGGGCCGUCGUUCGUUGUUCGCAUCCGAGCUGGGUCGACCUCCUCGUCCGUCCGUUCGUUCGACGGACGACAUCAGACAAACGCGAAUCACGAUACUCGUACGCAUACAAGCAUUCGGAUGGUCCAGGGAGGCUGGGGAACCAAAGCUACAAGUAUGCCACAUGCAAUCCUUCUCUCAUCUUCUCCCUUUCAUUCUCUCCUUUUUUUCUGCCUUGCAUUUUUCUCGUUUUUCCACUAUGUCCAUCCUCCUCUCUCUCGUCCUCCUUUUUUCUCCACACUGAUUUGUGU